AUGACCGCAGAUCCAAGUUCCAGAAAACGUCAACUGGAUACUCCGCGAGCUAGGAGUCAACAAAGAGGCAGGCUCAGGAAGACUCUUUUCAAAAAAGGCUACACCUAUAGUGUUGAGUGUGACGCUGAUGUUUAUAUGGUGAUCCGGCUAAGAGGCACCGGUCGAAUCUUCACUUUUCAGUCCGAUUCUACCGAAGCUUUCAGUCCGUCUCUCCGAGAACUAGAACGCCAUUAG